AUGUUCCCGGCGAGCAUGCCCCACUCGUGUCCGCAUCCCUACCCGCCAGCCGACAAGGCCCGGGAAGGCUGGCGGUUCCGUGCCGGGGGCUACCGGCCGGGGCCUCCCUCCUUCUUCCCGGGCUGCGGGAACCUCAGCGCCACCGAGUACUUCGACAGUUACCGGCGGGCGCAGCUCAUGGCCCUGUUGUCGCGGAUGGGUCCCCGGCCGGUCAGCAGCCGCGAUGCUGCGGUGCAGGUGAACCCGCGCCGCGACGCCUCGGUGCAGUGCUCGCUCGGGCGCCGCACGCUGCAGCUCGGACAGCGUCGACCGGGCCCCGAGGUCCGGCCGGGUUCCCGCCCGCCCUGCAGCCCCGCCGGCGCCCGGAGGCCCCCGCGCUCCUGGCGCACUGUCGCCGUGUACUCGCCGGUGGCCUUCUGUGGCCUCGCCUCUCCGCUGGAGGGCGGGCAGAAGCCCACCGAGGGAGAGCCGGGGCCGGCAGCCGCGGGGACCUGGGAAGCGGAGCCGGGAAAGGGAGAGGUGGCGGCGAGGAAAGAAGUCCCCGAGCCGGGCAACAAAGGGGGCGACGUCCAGGACGAAGGGGAGGCCGGGCAGGAGCAGCCGCUGCGGGAGGACCCGGACAGUGGGGCGACCUCGCAGUCUGAGUCCCGGAGUCAGGAGCUGCGUCCUGCCGCAGAGACGGCUCAGGACACGGGUGACUCGGCCUCCUCGAGAAACGGGGUCUCCCCGCAGAGCACGGAGCCGGACAAGGAGCGCCUGCGCUUCCAGUUCUUAGAGCAGAAGUAUGGCUAUUACCACUGCAAGGAGUGCAAGACCCGAUGGGAGAGUGCCUAUGUGUGGUGUGUGCAGGGCACCAGCAAGGUGUACUUCAAACAGUUCUGCCGAGUGUGCCAGAAAUCUUACAACCCCUACCGAGUGGAGGAUAUCACCUGCCAAAGUUGUAAAAGAACGAGAUGCGCCUGCCCAGUCAGACUUCGCCACGUGGACCCGAAGCGCCCCCAUCGUCAAGACUUGUGUGGGAGAUGCAAGGACAAACGGCUGUCCUGUGAUAGCACUUUCAGCUUCAAAUACAUCAUUUAGUCCAAGUCGGACAUGUUUCUGCUAGAUGGGGCUGACAGAGCGGGCAAGCGAGCUUUCUCCCACGUCCCCCUCGCCUCCCCUCCUCUCCCUUCUCAAAAUACUUCAUGAAAGGCAGUGUACUUGGAUAAAGCCCGUGAAAUAAUAAUAAAAAAAAGUAUUGCAAAAACAGUUUGAGGCUUUAUCCAAUUUGUGUCUCGGUUUGAGGAAAGCGUGUGCUGGAAGUGGGCGGGACCUGUCACCUACACUGGGUUAACAUCUGUGAUGGCAGGGUGGGUCAGGCCGGGUUAGGGAGGUUACAGGCACUGGAUCGAGACUCUUAAGGCUUCAAAGGCAGCUUCAGUCUGUAGGUCUAAAGUUCCUUCGAUUUUUAUCAAACAGGAUCAACACAUGAUAAAGUUGUAUGGCGUGUAGUGUAGUUU